AUGGCAGAAAUUGCAGUAAACUACCUAUUUGACAAGCUUAAGGACUUUCUAGAGAAUGGGGUUCUACUGGGAAGUGCCAAGGAAGAAGUUACUUUAGUUAAGAGACAAUUGGAGUACGUCAGGGCAUUCCUGAGGGUUGCAGAUUCCCUGGAAGAGAGUGACGAGGAAGUCAAAGUUUGGGUGAAGCAGCUGAGAGAAAUCGCAUAUGACACUGAAGAUGCUCUCGAUGAGUUCAAACUUCUCGCAGCGCAUGAUCAUGGAAUUGGUUCUCCUGGUCUUUUCUCCAAGAUGUCCUGUUGUAUCAAGAACAUGAAAGGUCGGUACAGAAUUGCUUUGGAGAUGAAAUCCAUCAACUCCAGAAUCAAAAACAUAUUUGAUGGACACUGGAGAAUCCGAGACAAACUAAGUAAAGUAGAACACCACUUUGGCUCUAGUAAGCCAGACGACACAUGGCAGGACCAGCGUGGCAAUGCCCUUCUCUUAGACAAAGCUGAGCUCGUGGGCAUCAGUGAACCGACAAAAAAGCUGGUUGGCUGGCUCAUUGAGGGCACUUCCACACGCGAAGUAAUCUCAGUCGUGGGGAUGGGUGGACUGGGGAAAACUACAUUAGUGAAGCAAGUUUACGAAGAUCCAGAAGUGAAGAAACAUUUCAUGAUACGUGCUUGGAUAACUCUUUCUCAAUCUCCAAAUAUAGAAGAGCUCCUCCAAGGCAUGGUUCAACAAAUUAUGAGGGAGACCCAAGCAAAAGGUCCUCCUGUACAGGACAACAUGGAUAGAUUAUGUCAGAAGAUUAUUAUCAAGGACUUGCUACAAAAAGCAAGGUACCUGAUUGUUGUAGAUGAUGCGUGGCAUAUAAAUGAAUGGGAUGUGAUAAAACAUGCAUUGCCUAAUAACAACUGUGGCAGCCGAAUAAUUAUCACAUCCAGGAAUUCUGAUUUAGCAAAUAUCUUGCGGGAAUUCAGAGGGAUGGUUUACAAGAUGGAGCCACUGCCAGGUGAAGAGUCAUGGAAGCUUUUCUGUGCAAAGACAUUUCAGGGGAACUCCUGCCCUCCUCAUCUAGAGGAGACCUGUAGGCUUAUUCUAAGAAAGUGCGAGGGAUUGCCACUUGCUAUUGUGGCCAUCAGUGGUGUUUUGGUUUCAAAAGACACGAGAAAAAAGGCUGAAUGGGAUCUGGUUCAUCGAAGUCUCCGUACUGAAAUAGAUUGCAAUGACAAACUCAGAACCUUGAAGAGAGUCCUUUCACUUAGUUUUGAUGACCUCCCAUACUACUUGAAGUCCUGUUUCCUGCACUUGAGCGUGUUUCCCAGGGGUUACCUCAUUAGCUGUGGGAGAUUGAUUCGAUUAUGGAUUGCAGAAGGAUUUGUAGACAAGAAAGAACGUAUGACAGUAGAAGAAGCAGCCCAGGGCUACCUAUAUGAGCUCCUGGACAGAAGCCUGAUAGAAGUGGCUGUUAAAGCUGGCGAUGGAAGGAUCCAGGAUUGCCGUAUCCAUGAUUUUCUGCUGGAUAUUAUUACUUCAAAGUCGACUAACCAAGGCUUUGCAGAAACAGUGAUAGAAAAACAUUAUAAAUGGCCAGAUAAAGUUCGUCGCCUAUCAAUACAGAACAGCCUGCAAGCUACCCAACAGAAAAGGUCAUUGUCUCGACUACGUUCCUUAUAUCUGUUUGGGGUAGAGAGAUCUUCCAUGGAUGCUGCUCUAGGUAGUGAUAUGAGACUGCUCACUGUUUUGGACUUGCAAACAGCUUCUUUGACAAGGUUCCCAGCUCAAGUUGCCGAGUGGUGCUGCCUGAGAUAUCUAAGUUUCAGGUACAGCAAGGUGAGAACUGUUCCAUAUUCCAUAGGGAACCUUCAAAACCUAGAGACCCUAGACCUUAAACACACAUAUGUCACAGAAUUGCCAGUUGUGAUUUUGAAGCUUCGACAACUUCGUCAUCUACUCGUAUAUCAUUAUGCAAACAGAGCCUACUCAUGGUUUAAGUAUGGCUUCAAGUUCCCAGAUGGAAUAGCUACUCUACAGUCCCUACAAAAGCUCUGCUACAUAGAAGCAGGUAGUGAGAGAAACAGCAGCUUAAUGAGAGAGCUUGGAAAGUUGAAACAAUUGAAUAGGUUAGGCAUCGUGAAGUUGAGAAAAGAAGAUGCAAGGGAACUGUGCUUGUCCAUUGAAAAGUUGACCAAGCUUCAAGCAUUAUCUGUAAAUUCAGUGGAUGAAAAUGAGAUUAUUGAUCUACAACCCCUCUCUUCUCCACCUCCAUUUCUCCAGAGAGUCUACUUGACAGGACGUCUUGAGGCGUUACCAGAUUGGAUAUCAUCUCUUGAUAGCCUAAUGGUAUUGUAUCUGAGAUGUAGUCAGUUAAAGGAUAAUCCUCUGCCAUCUCUUGGGAAAUUGCCUAAUCUUGUGCAUCUCGCCUUGCUUCAGGCUUAUGAAGGAACCAAGCUGUGUUUUAAAGCCUACGACUUUAUGAAGCUAAGGUUUCUGAUCCUUGGUCCUUUUGACAAACUCAAAUGCGUGGAAGUGGAAAAGGGAUCCAUGCCUUGUCUUGAGGAGUUGAUUAUUGAGAGUUGUAAGUUAUUGAAGAAGCUUCCAUCCGGUAUUGAGCACCUGAAAAAGCUGAAAGUGAUGAAGUUUGUUGACAUGCCUGAUGAGUUUGUGAAGAAACUUAUGCCAGAUGGACAAGACGAUAUUUACCUGAAAGUGGCCCAUGUUCCAGAAGUAUAUUACGGUUACCGAAGAGGUGGAGGAUGGGAAGUCGUGCUCGCCAAGGCAUUUGUGUGA